AUGAGCUUCGAUCCCCUUCGCCCUCGGGGCCGGCCAGCCCACACUCCGGGAACGACAGUACUGACAUACACCCCCGAUGGGCGGCGCGUCAUCACCGGUGGCUCAAACUCGGCUAUUCGAAUCUACACAGUCGACCAGGACGGAGAGCCCAAGACGGUUGAUGGGAGUAUUGAUGGACAUUUCGCAAUCGGCGCUACGAAUGAAAUACUACUUCUCGGUGCUGAGGAUGGAACUGUCUGGUCCUACGAUGCCGUCUCCGGCAAAAUGGGGGGCCUGCUUGUCCGAUGCGCUUUGCCCGUGAGAGAUAUUGCAGUAUCUCGCGAUGGUGUAUGGGUUGCGGUCGCAAGCGAUGAACUUACGGUCAAGGUCGUUAAAAUCGAGGACAUGACACAGGUGAAGUACCUGCGGGAACAAGGGAAGGGAACAAAGCAUGUCACUUUCGACCCCAACGGGCGCUAUGUGACUGUGUCUGGAACGGACGGCAUUCUUUAUGUCUACUCUUUGACCAACGAGGAACCAGAGGUGCUCCGUAAACUCGACGGUGUGAUUCGAAAGCUUGAGCCCGAUGCGGAGGCAACAGCUAAGGCUGUCUGGCACCCAGACGGUACCGCAUUUGCCGUUGCAGAGGCCACCAGAGAUAUCUCAAUCUAUUCAAUCUCGGAGUGGAAGAAGGAGAAGAGCUUUGCUGGUGGUCACAGUGGGGACAUCACAUCACUGAGCUGGGCGCCCAAUGGAACUUUGCUCGCAUCUGCAGGAGCUGAUGGACGCAUUGUGCUCUGGGAGACGAAAACACAGAAAAUCAUCCAGCGCUAUGAAUUUGGAAACGUGCUUAAUCUCGCUUGGCACCCUACGAAGAACUCUCUUUCAUUUACCACCUCGGAUGGAGAAUUGUUCAUCUAUGACAACUUUGUUCCCAAGGACUACGAGUCUCAACUGCAGAAGCCCCUGCAGGCUGCCCCGAUCUUCCCAGGCCCUCUGACCGAGAUUUCCAAUAAUGUCCCACGCACAUUGGCUGAGCGCUCCAAGGAGGCAUUCCAAAGACCAGCAAGGGCAGGCUCGCCCGAUUCGCUUGAUGACAUCCUGGGUGAUGAUGAGGAUAUGCGUGAUUUUGUCGACGAUGACGAUGGAGCGGGCUAUGCAGAGGAGCUCAAUUUGUACGGCAAACGACCAAAUGACUCUCUUGAAGAUCUAGACGGCCCCGACACCAAGCGUGUCUACUCGGGCUCCUUGCAACCCAAGGCUCAUCUGCCACUUCAGCCUGGUAGUACACCGUGGGCUGGCAACAGGAGAUAUCUGUGCCUGAACUUGACGGGUGCCGUCUGGACUGUGGACCAGGAAACACAUCACACUGUGACUGUAGAGUUCUAUGAUCGAGAGCUUCAUCGAGACUUCCAUUUCACGGACCCAUAUCAAUACGACAAAGCGUGUCUUAAUGAGAACGGCACGCUUUUCUCCAACAACCCAUCUGAUGGCAGUCCUGCCACAAUCUUCUAUCGGCCACAUGAGACGUGGACUGCACGAGCAGACUGGCGAACGCAGUUGCCUGAGGGAGAGAUAGUUCGAGCCCUGGCUCUGAGCGAGUCAUAUAUCGUGGCAGUGACCACGAAGGACUAUGUGCGCGUAUAUACUCUGUUUGGCACUCCCUUCCGUGUGUACCGACAGAAGAGUCAAGCCGUGACAUGCGCUGCUUGGCGAGACUACAUUAUGACCAUCGGGAACGGACCCGUCGGUGCUGAUGGUCGACAUGCGACCCUGCAAUACACUGUUGAAAAUGUUAAGCGUGAUGAAAUCUGCCAAAAUGAGGAUGUGGUCGCCCUGCCCACGGGAGCGCAGUUGCAGAGUGUUUUCUUUUCAGACUCGGGAGACCCUUGUAUUUACGACUCAACUGGUGUCUUGGUGGUGCUACAGCAUUGGCGCACACCCGGACAGGCCCGCUGGGUGCCUCUUCUAGACACUAAGCAACUUUCUCGACUUGCAGGCGGCCGAAAGGAAGAGACCUACUGGCCCGUUGCCGUCGCGCAAGAAAAGUUCCAUUGUAUCAUUCUCAAGGGUGGCGACAAAAACCCGUACUUCCCACGACCGCUACUCAGUGAAUUCGACUUCCAGGUCCCAGUCUCCAGCAACCCGCCCAAAGAAAGUGAAUCCGAAGAUGCAGGUAACGAUGGCUCACGCUUCGAGGAGUCUUUCGUGCGUGGUAACAUUCUUCUGUCGCUCUUCCGGGACCUCAUUUCCUCCACGAAUGCAACGGCUAGUCAACGUGCUGAGCUGGCGCGCAAAGAACUGGAGCUUGACAAGACUCUACUUCAGAUGCUGGCCAUCGAAUGCAGAGAAGGUGAAGAGCGUGGUAUGAAGGCACUUGAACUAGUGACUAUGAUGAAUGACCGCAACGGCAAGAUGAUUGAGGCCGCCGCCAAGGUCGCACAGCGCUAUGGCCGAGGUGUUCUGGAGGACAAGAUCCGUGAUAUGGCGGAGCGACGAAUAAUGGGCAUGGGUGAUGACGAUGAACUGGCUUGA